CCACCACAGGUGCACUGAAGCGUCCGUCACGACUACCUGUAACUCGGGAAGUUCGGCACAAUGCGCCCGGCACGGUAUAAUUAACGUUACCCACACAGUGCGCGGGGGCUGUACUGUGGGAGAGUUGGACUGUGUAGAGGACAGGCGGACAUUAGAAGCGGACAUACAGCCAACCAUACGGUCGGGACCGAGCUACGUACUACACACGACUACAGACCUGGACAGAGCUACGAAGAUGCAGCUGUUCCUGCUGCUCGUCCUCCUGUGCCUGGCGGGCGCCGCCUCCGCCAGGUCCGUGCACGAUCUGGAGUCCGAGCUGCUGCAGACCGUCCGAGAGUUGCUCAACGACCCGCCGCAGGACGGAGACAACAACAACGCGGAACCACUGCCUCCUGCCACGGAUCAACAACAAGAGGAAAAUGGACCAGACAACAUCAUAGAUGACCCGCCUCCUCCCGUGCCUCCUUUCUGGGAAGAAGAAGAGCAGAAUGCACCAGGUGACAUCAUCAUAGAUCCCCUGCCAUCUGAACCGGAAGAGGAAGAAGCUUCACCAGACAACCCGGUGGAACCCGCUCCUCCUUCACCUGUUGGAGAGGAAGAAGAAGAGGAGGAGGAGGAGCAGGAGAUGGAGGAGGAGAUGGAGGAGGAGGAGGAACAAGAACAAGAAGAAGACAUGUACAACCAGGCGCCGGAAGAGGAAGACCCGAAAGCGGCCAUGGCCAGGUCCGUGCAGGAUUUGGAGUCGGUGCUGCGAGAGGCGAUCCGGAAGAUGAAAGAAGGCCGGCCAAAGGACAGAGACAACAACAGGGGCCGUCGCCCGGAAGGUGGUGCACCAGGUAAAGGGAACGCGAUGAAACCCGUGCCUCCUUUUACGGAAGAAGAAGAAGAAGAAGAGGAAAAUCCACCAGGUGAAGAGGAGGUGAUGCCUCCUGCCAUGGAAGAAGAAGAAGGUGAUGCUGCACCCGGUGAAGAGAACGUGGUGGAACCCGUUCCUUCCGUCACUGAAGAAGAAGAAGAAGAAGAGGAAAGUCCGCCAGUUGAAGAGGAGGUGAUGCCACCUGUCAUGGAAGAAGAAGAAGGUGCACCAGGUGAAGAGAACGUGAUGGAACCCGUGCCUCCCGUCACGGAAGAAGAGGAGCAAAAUGCACCAGGUGAAGAGAACAUAAUGGAACCCGUGCCUCCUGAAGAAGAAGAGGAAAGUCCACCAGUUGAAGAGGAGGUGAUGCCUCCUGCCAUGGAAGAAGAAGAAGGUGAUGCUGCACCAGUUGAGGAACCCAUGCCUCCCGUCACUGAAGAAGAGGAGCAAAAUGCACCAGGUGAAGAAAACGUAAUGGAACCUGUCACUGAAGAAGAAGAGGAAAGUCCACCAGGUGAAGAGGAGGUGAUGCCUCCUGCCAUGGAAGAAGAAGAAGCUGCUGCACCAGUUGAGGAACCCAUGCCUCCCGUCACUGAAGAAGAGGAGCAAAAUGCACCCGAUGAAGACAUCAUCAUCACAGAUCCCCUGCCAUCUGACCAAGAAGCGGCAGAAGCUUCUCCCGGCGAAGAUAACCCGGUGGAGCCCGUUCCUCCCGUCACGGAAGAAGAGGAGCAGAAUGCACCCGAUGAAGACGUCAUCAUAGAUCCCCUGCCAUCUGACGAAGAAGCGGUAGAAACUGCUCCCGGCGAAGACAACGCGGUGGAACCCGACGGAGCAAUAGAAGAAGACGAGGAACCUCUCCAAGAAGAGGCAGAAGAAGAGGAAGAAGUAGACCCGGCCAACGCCCCGGAGGAGCAAGAAGAAGAAGAAGGCGACCAGGACGCCGCUCCGGCUGAAGAUGAAGUCCCACAAGCGGCCAUGACCAGGUCCGUGGAGGACUUGGAGUCGGUGCUGCUGCAGGCGAUCCGGGAGAUGGAGGAAGAUCAAAAGGCGAAAAUCAACAAUAAGUUGAAAGACGUCAAGAUGAAGGUGACCCACAAGGGCGAGGUGUUAGAGGAGGAUGUGAGUUUCGAUGACGUCACCGGAAGUGAGACCAUCCAGGUGUCCGCGAGGGCCGGCCAGGGGGAGACCAACAUCCGGCACUGCUUCAAGGAGGGCAUGUCGCUAGAGUGCUUCCCCGGGAUCUCCAAGUGUUACCUGCUGAGCAUCGACAGCGAGGGAGAGCCGGAACUGAAGAAGCAGGAGGAGGAAAUGGCCAAGUUCCUGGAGGAGUCGCCUUCGGGUGAGGUGAGCGCUGACAACGCCACGGAGGUGAACAUCAACUGGGUGGUCAAGGAGAAGGUAUCCCGGUCCGACCUGCCCGGCUGCCUGGCGGACUUCCAGCCCGACCUGCCCGUCUUCUCCGCCGUGCGGGCUCCCGAGGACGAGGGGACCGUCACAGACGAUCGGGAGGCCGCCGGACAUACGGAGGAAGAAAAGCGGUAUUUGAGCGGCGGGUCCCGGCAGUGUGCGCGGAGCCUGUGCCCGGUCAAGAAACGGGUGCAGAAACAGGGAUACUGUUACUACAACUACUGCUACCGAAGGUAUAUCUGCAGCACCUUCAGUGUUGAGUGCGUGUGCUGCCCGGAGGUGACCCAGGCCUCCCAGUGUUUGCUCUGCCGCGACUAGUCAGAAUGAGAAACUACAGUCCAAGAGCCAAGAAGACUCAGAAAACGGAGAAUAUGACAGAUUGAGUCUCCCUCUUGACCCUCGAGGUCAUGGAAUAGUUAAUGAUAAAGAGUCUAUUUCAAAUAUUUGCCGGAAAGCUAAGUGCAAUAGGUAGCGUGAAAAAGAUAAAUAGUGUAACAUGUAGCUGCUCUAGUCUAAAUGAUAACUCUAAAUUCUGACUAGUGUAACAUGUAGCUGCUCUAGUCUAAAUGAUAACUCUAAAUUCUGACUAGUGUAACAUGUAGCUGCUCUAGUCUAAAUGAUAACUCUAAAUUCUGACUAGUGUAACAUGUAGCUGCUCUAGUCUAAAUGAUAACUCUAAAUUCUGAAUUGUGUAACAUGUAGCUGUUCUAGUCUAAAUGAUAACUCUAAAUUCUGACUUGUGUAACAUGUAGCUGUUCUAGUCUAAAUGAUAACUCUAAAUUCUGACUUGUGUAACAUGUAGUUACUCUAGUCUAAAUGAUAACUCUAAAUUCUGACUUGUGUAACAUGUAGCUGUUCUAGUCUAAAUGACGACUAUAAAUUCUGACUUGUGUAACAUGUAGCUGUUUUAGUCUAAAUGACGACUCUAAAUUCUGACUUGUGUAACAUGUAGCUGUUCUAGUCUAAAUGAUUACUCUAAAUUCUGACUUGUGUAACAUGUAGUUACUCUAGUCUAAAUGAUAACUCUAAAUUCUGACUUGUGUAAUAACAUGUAGCUGCUCUAGUCUAAAUGACGACUCUAAAUUCUGACUUGUGUAACAUGUAUCUGUUCUAGUCUAAAUGAUAACUCUAAAUUCUGACUUGUGUAAUAACAUGUAGCUGCUCUAGUCUAAAUGACGACUCUUAAUUCUGACUUGUGUAACAUGUAUCUGCUCUAGUCUAAAUGACGACUCUAAAUUCUGACUUGUGUAACAUGUAGCUGCUCUAGUCUAAAUGACGACUCUAAAUUCUGACUUGUGUAACAUGUAUCUGCUCUAGUCUAAAUGACGACUCUAAAUUCUGACUUGUGUAACAUGUAGCUGCUCUAGUCUAAAUGACGACUCUAAAUUCUGACUUGUGUAACAUGUAGCUGUUCUAGUCUAAAUGAUGACUCUAAAUUCUGACUUGUGUAAUAACAUGUAGCUGCUCUAGUCUAAAUGACGACUCUAAAUUCUGACUUGUGUAACAUGUAGCUGCUCUAGUCUAAAUGACGACUCUAAAUUCUGACUUGUGUAACAUGUAGCUGUUCUAGUCUAAAUGACGACUAUAAAUUCUGACUUGUGUAACAUGUAGCUGUUCUAGUCUAAAUGAUAACUCUAAAUUCUGACUUGUGUAACAUGUAGCUGCUCCAGUCUAAAUGAUGACUCUAAAUUCUGACUUGUGUAACAUGUAGCUGUUCUAGUCUAAAUGACGACUCUAAAUUCUGACUUGUGUAACAUGUAGCUGUUCUAGUCUAAAUGACGACUCUAAAUUCUGACUUGUGUAACAUGUAGCUGUUCUAGUCUAAAUGAUGGCUCUAAAUUCUG